AUGUUUGAGAACCCACCACCUGUAGAACAUCUCUUCGCUCUUUGCGCGUAUUUACAGCCGCACAACAGGCGACGGACGCGCAGGGACAGAACGAGCGAAGGAUCCACCGCUACGGGAGCGUAUUCUUUCCAGUAUGCGAAGAGACGAACCGCGGCUUCUUUCGCCUAUCCAAGCCCUUACGCUGACUGUGUCCAGGCUGUAACUGACAAGACCAGAGGGAAAACACUCAUCAGCGCGUCGAUGUCUUCACGGAAGGCAUCGCUGACGGACAAGCAGCAGCAAACCAAAAACGGCACGUCCAAAUAUGUCCUGGAGAGAUGUGCGUCCAUUAACGAGUAUUAUGAUAUUUCCUUCAAGGUGAUGCUGCUGGGAGACUCGGCAGUGGGCAAGACGUGUGUGCUAGUGCGCUUUAAAGACGGAGCCUUCCUGGGAGGCAACUUCAUAGCCACUGUGGGGAUAGACUUCAGGAAUAAAGUGCUUGAUGUAGAUAACUUUAAAGUCAAACUGCAGAUUUGGGACACAGCCGGCCAGGAGAGGUUCCGCAGUGUGACACAUGCCUACUACAGAGAUGCCCAGGCAUUACUCCUGCUUUAUGACAUAACCAAUAAGUCAUCGUUUGACAAUAUCAGGGCUUGGCUGACAGAGAUACACGAAUAUGCCCAAAAGGAUGUGGUCAUCAUGUUGCUCGGCAACAAGGCAGACUUGGCCGCAGAGAGAGUCGUCAAAACAGAAGAAGGAGAGAAGCUGGCCAAGGAAUAUGGUGUCCCGUUUAUGGAGACCAGUGCCAAGACUGGAGUCAAUGUGGAGCUCUCGUUCCACGCCAUAGCAAGAGAGCUGAAGCACAGAGAGAUGCAGCAGCCCAACGAUCCCAAGUUCCACAUCCACGACUACAUCGAGGCCCAAAAGCAGAAGGCUGGCUGCUGCGUGCUGGUUUAG